GAAACAACCGACAGCACGACUAUAAUUUGCACGAUUUGGAAAACUGAAACCCUGUAGAAGGAGUAUGUGGUAGUACGAGCAUCUGCCAGAUCUCCUGUCCCCGUCCUUAGAAUUACUAGCUCGAUUCUAUUUGUGAGCUGAUUAGGAUUAUAAUUGUAUGACGAUUAAUCAAUUGCCAGAGCAAAAUAUAAACACACGAGUUGCGCCAAAUCGCGGGCAAUUUGACUCUUCCCCCUCUGAUCGUACACUUAGACCGAGGCCGCAGCUACGUUCCGAUUCAGGACAGGCAGGGAGAGCGCGAGAUCAAUGGAGGGCAACCGUGGAGGCUCGCCGUGGCCUAGGCUGCCGGCGCCGGCGCUGAUGCCGAUGCUGCUGCUGGUGGUGCUGGCGAGCGUCGCCGCCGUGGGCGAGGCCAAGGUGGUGCACGUGGGAGAAGCCCACCGGAGGAGCAUGCUGGCCAAUGGCCUCGGCUCCACUCCACCCAUGGGGUGGAACAGCUGGAAUCACUUCGGGUGCGACGGCAACGGCGAGGUCGUCAUCAGGGAGACAGCCGACGCGCUCAUCUCCACCGGGCUCGCAGCCGCCGGCUACCGAUACGUCAACCUUGAUGAUUGCUGGGCAGAAUCCGAACGUGAUGCCAAGGGGAACCUUGUGGCGAAAAAGAGUACGUUCCCGAACGGGAUAAAAGCGCUCGCUGACUACGUCCACAGCAAGGGGCUCAAAUUAGGGAUCUACUCCGACGCAGGAUACAAGACCUGCGCCAAGGCUCAGCCUGGAUCCCUCGGGUACGAGGAGCAGGACGCAAAAACUUUCGCGUCAUGGGGAGUGGAUUACCUCAAGUACGACAACUGCAACAACGGCGACCUGAAGCCGCUGGAGAGGUACCCUGAGAUGAGCAAGGCGCUGAUGAAGGCCGGCCACCCGAUCUACUUCUCGAUCUGCGAAUGGGGCGACAUGCACCCGGCGCGAUGGGCCGCGGCUUACGGCAACAGCUGGAGAACCACCAACGACAUCGAGGACACCUGGGACAGCAUGACGUCGAGGGCGGACCAGAACGAGGUGUGGGCCGAGUACGCACGCCCCGGCGGCUGGAACGAUCCUGACAUGCUGGAAGUGGGCAAUGGAGGGAUGACCAACGACGAGUACAUCGUGCACUUCAGCAUCUGGGCAAUCUCCAAGGCGCCUCUGAUCAUCGGCUGCGACGUGAGGCACAUGUCGCAGGACACCUACGACAUCCUGGCCAACACGGAAGUGAUCGCCGUCAACCAAGAUCCUCUCGGCGUACAGGGGAAGAAAGUGAGGAUGGAGGGGAGCAACGAGAUCUGGGCUGCGCCGCUGUCGGGGUACAGGACGGCGGUGGUGCUGCUGAACAGGCACGCCAAGGACGAGGCCGAGAUCACGGCGCGCUGGGACGACAUCGGCCUCCCGGCCGGCAUGGCCGUCGAGGCCAGGGACCUCUGGCAACACAAGACGCUGGACGCCAAGUUCACGGACAAGAUGCCCUUCAACGUGACGCCGCACGCCGCCCGGAUGUUCCUGCUGACGCCUCUCACGUCGCAGAUCAACUGAGUACUACCUCAUGGCACGCUUCCCACGUCGGCCGAAAUUAUUUUGCAACUGUCUGCUCGAAAUUUUCCAUAUUUUUCUUUGGGAUGUGAUUUUCCAAAUAAAAAGCGAGUUUUUGCUCCAGAUCAUACAGGGGUAUUCCUGCCCUGUGAGUCUGUCUCGAUAUUCACAAAAAUCAGCAGAGGGUAAAUGCGUGCAGCAGAGGGUAGAAUGCGUGUUGAUAGCCGAAUUGGCCUAUGUCAUAACGAUAUUGAAACAAAUAAUGGUUUUCCCAAGUUUUA